GCCGCCGCGCCUCGGCUCCCGCCGCCCGGCCCUCCCCCGGGCCGCUCCACGUGGCUGCUCCACGUAGCCCUCCCGGCUGCGGCCGCCGCCCUGGCCCGGGCAGAGUCCGGAGCGCCAGCGCCGUGGCCUGGGUCUCCGCCUCGCCGCGCCUGGCCCGCAGACCCCGGCCCUCUGCGGCCCGCACCGGGCGAGGGAGAGCGUGUGCGUGAGUGUGUGCGUACAGACAACUAGAGAGAGAGAGGCAAAGAGACAGAUGAUGAAGCUGGUGCGUAACGAGAAGCACGUUUAACUGGGCGCUCACUCCCUGCUGGGACCCAGAUGUGUGUGACAAGAUAGAAUGUGACUUACUGUUAGCCUGUGAUUGUGACUGGUGUAUGUGGCUGCGUGGAUGAGAGACCUGUGACACGGUAGGGGGUGUUUCGUGUGGCUGUGUAUCCAGUAUGGCAGCACUUGAGAGAGUAUGGCCAAUGCGGGACUGUCCGGGUGUGUGACCGUACAGGAUGUGAGUGGUGUGUCUGUUAGGGUAUCUGGCUGAACUCCUCCUGAGUUGUGAUGCUCAAGUGACACCCGUGACUGUCGGUUUCCGGUGAAGGUAUCACUGUGUGACUGUGACUGCACAUCACUGAGAAGUGGCUCCAUCUGAGCCAUGGUGGGGGAGGGGGGACUGGGAAAGUAUCAGCUUAAGGGUGACAGUGGCAGCCGUUUGCCAGCACAGCGUUGCAGUGUGUGGCUAUAGCUUUGUGGUCAAAACGCAGUGUCACCAGUCUUCUCAGAGCAGCCAGUUCCUCCACCCAGGCUUCAGACUACUUCCUCACCCACUGGCUCAAAGACUUAGUUCUUUGAGUGCACGACUUCUUAUCUCUCUGGAAUCUUCAACUUCUCCCUCCCCAUCAGCUCCUUCCCAUCAGCAUCCAUCCACAACAACAAACUGACUCUCAUCAAAGUCACCCUGUCCUCCUUCCUGUGGUGGGCAGGUGGAUACUGCUGGACACUACCUCCUUGGGUCAUGGUAUCAUUGGUUUCGGCAAUACCAUUCCUCUCUCUUUAGUCAUUUUUUCUUAGUUUCUUCCUGUGUCGGAGUUCCUCUGGGCUCUCUCCUCAUGCCCCAUCUGCUCAUGUGUUCUUCCAUUCACGUAGCUUCCAUCACUAUCUCUUAUGGGUUGAACUGUGUCCCUCAAAAAUUCAUAUGUUGAAGUCCUAACCCCCCAAUACCUCAGAAUGUGACUUUAUUUGGAAAUAGGGUAGUUGCAGAUAUAAUUAGUGAAGAUGAGGUCAUACUGGCGUAGAACCUAAUCCGAUAUGACUGGUGUUCAUAUAAAAAGGGGAAUUUGGAGACACACACACACACACACACACACACACACACACAAGGAGAACAGCAUGUGAAGAUGCGGCAGAGAUUGGAGUGAAGCUUCUACAUACCAAGGAAUGCUGAAGAUUUUCAGCAAACCACCAGAAGCUAGAAGAGAUGUACGGAACAAGUUCUUCCUCACUGCUCUCAGAUGGUACCAAUCCUGCUGACACCUUGAUCUUGGACUUCCAGUUUCCAGAACUGUGAAACAAUAAAUUUCUGUUGUUCAGGACAACCAGUUUGCAGCACUUUGUUAUGGCAACCCUGCAAGCUAAUAUAUCAUCUAAAUGCUGAUAACUACCAUAUCUCAAAUUCCAAUCUCUGAGCCCCAGGCCACUUCAGGAACUGAACAGCCUACUGAUUUGUGCCGGAUCUUAAUUUUUAAAGGUGACUGAGUGACAACACAGAGAGGUCAAUGCCACUGAAAGAAGAGUUUAAUGUUACAGUUCCCUCAGGAAGAAGAGGCACAGCUCACCACACAGGACCACAGAGGGAAGCACCAGUGUAGGUCAGAAGGCAGAAAGGAGCAAGGGGAAGGCAGAGGCCACAGCUUUUAUUAAACUAGAAAAGCAAGACGAGGCAGGUUAAACAGUUUAGGGUUGGCUAGUUUUAAUAACUUCAGAGAGCUUUGGGGCAUAGGGGCUGUCGCUAGUUGACUGGUCCCUGGUCCUGGGUUUAUCUAGGAAAGGGAAAAUAUUGGUUUGGUGUGUGAGAGUUGGAUAAAGGAAGUGGUUCAGAGUAGGGCCUCUGGAUUGCAGGGGAGACGUGAACAACUUUGGCUGUUAGUUUGGUCCUGUGAUUAAUGGAUGCCAAAGAGACAAAUUCAGAAUCUAAGAAAACACAAUUAGAACACCUACCAGCACCCCAGACGUGUCUGAAUCAGAAUGCAUCAUCUUCCUCCUCAAAACUUCCCCUCCCCCCGCUUCUCUAUCCCAAUGUUACCACCAUGCAUCCCUGAAUCUAUGCAGUCAGAAAACGGGGUCGUCCAUGAUUCCUCCUUCUUCCCCCACCUCCAACCUACUACCAAGUCCUAUCAGUUCUGCCUCCUAUCUUAAAGAUCUUCACUCCUCUCCUGAGCCUUCCCCCAGUCCAGGCAGCCCUGGUCCACGCCAAAUUUCUGUUAACAGCCUCCUAAUUAGCCUGCUUUUCAUCCCCCUCCAAUCCAUUCUCAAAGUAGCCUGAAUGAUUCUUCUGAAAUAUAACUCUGAUCAUGUCGCCCACCCCUUCUUAAAACUCUGAUGGCUUUCCUCCACCCUUAGGAUAAAGCCUAACAUCCUUUAUGCAGCUGCCCACAACCUGAUUCCUGACCAUCUCACAUGCUCCAGCAACACCAAAUUUCUUUUGGUUCCUUUAAGAAGUCUCUCACAUCCAGGCUUUUGCUUGUGCUCUCCCCUCUCCUGGAACAAUUACUCUCUCCCCUCCUCCACCUUGUCUUGGAAACUACUACUUAUUUUUUGAUUUCGCCUUAAAUGUAUUGUCAUUUAAUAUCUGGGUGUGCUUUCUCUGAUCCAUGGAGUCUGGGCACCCUCCCCGGGGCUCCCACUGCAGCUAGUACUUCCCUUAUCUACCACCAUGCUCUGUUGCAGGGGUUCAACCCUGAUUACACAUUUGAGUCUUCCAGAGAGAUUUAAAGUUGUUAUUAAUACUUAGGCUCCUCUCUAGACCAACCAUAACAGCGGGCAGGGCCUGGGCGCCGCUAGUUUUAGAAACUCACAGAUAAUUCCAAUCUUCAGUCAAGGUUGAGUCAUUGCUCUAGUAGAUUACUUACUUGUUUCCAUAUCCCAAUGAAGACAGGAACAGCAUCCCAAGUGCCUGGUACACAGUGGGUGAUGAGUAAGUAUCUAUUGUACUUGUGACAGGGAUUGUAUGAGGCAGCGUAGAGUGACACUGGACGAGUGGCUUUAACCCAUGUGUGUGUGACUCUGUGCGGAAUGGCACUCACUCAAGUAGCUGAAACUUGACUACGUGACACUGUGGCGUGUCGGUGUGAAUGAUCGUGUCCAGUGUGUGAGGGCCACUGUCAGUGACUGAACACUACGGGAGUGGAGUGGUGUGACCACGUCAGUGGCUGUGCCCUGUGUGUGACUGACUGAGAGGCUGGGGGGCUCUGGCCAGGCUGUCAGACUCGCCGCUCCGGGGCAGGGUUUGAGGAAGACGGAGCUGGAGCUGCCUCUCAAGAUGGCGGCUGCGGGGAAGGCCGCUAGUCCUUACGAGAGGCCGCAGGGCCGGUGAUCGCGAAGCGGAGGCAGGAGCCGUAGAGGCCGUUCGCAAGACACUGGGGUCAGCUCCGCGCAGACUGCCCAGGCGCGGUACACACACCCGCUCGACGUCCUAGCACCGCCCUAGCACCGCCCUCGCCACGCCCGCCGCCGGGAGCACGGGCGGUGGGCGGGGCCUGGGUCCCCGAAUCGCCGGGCAGUGCGGGCGGAACCCGCACAGGCUGUCCAAUGGCGUGUAAUGGGCGGGGCCCAGCGCGCACCUGAAGGCCCACUAAUCGAAGCUCAGGUGUCAGAGCCGGUCAAGAACUUGGGAGUGGAGACUCAGCAACGCGAGAGGCUGAGCUCCUCCCUGGGCCCCCAAGAUGACACCUGGACAGAAUCAUUCUCUCUGCUUUUGGGACUAGGCGGUGCCCUCUACUUGGGCUACUACUGGGCAUGGGUGGCCCCGAGGCCACAACUGGUGACUGGGUCCCAGUUUCUGGCCUUCCUGGAGCGACACUGUCCAGUCACUGUGGAGACUUUCUACCCUACGCUCUGGUGUUUUGAGGGGCGGCUACAAACCAUCUUCAGAGUCUUACUGCAGUCUCCGCCUGUAGCCCCUUACUCAAGGGAAGUUCUCGAAACCCCGGAUAGCGGACAGCUCCUCCUAGACUGGGAGCAGCCUAACAGCAGUCAAUAUCCUGACCCUACCACCCAGCCAUUGUUAUUGCUGCUUCCUGGUAUCACGGGCAGUUGUUAGGAGACAUAUAUCUUGCUAGUUGACCAAGCUUUGGAGGAUGGCUAUAGGGCUAUCGUAUUUAAUAACCUUCCUCGUAGUGGCCCUUCACCCCGCUCCCACAGGGCCCUCUGUGCCAGCAACACUGAAGAUCUGGAGACAGUCGUGAACCACAUAAAGAGCCGCUACUUCCAAGCUCCACUGCUGGCUGUGGGCAUCUCUCUCAGAGGGUCAAGGCUGCCUCUGAACCACCUGGCUCGAAUGGGACGGGCUGCGGGGUUGGUGGCAGCACUGACUCUACCUGCAUGCUGGGAUACCUCUGAGACCCGCUCCCUGGAGACCCCACUGAACUCACUGCUCUUCAGUCAGCACCUCACUGCUGGGCUCUGCCGAGCUGGGAACCGAAACAGAAAGGUGAUGGAAAAGGUGGUGAAUGUAGACUUUGUGCUACAGGCCCACACAAUCCACCACUUUGAUGAGCGCUACACAACUGUGGUCUUCGGACAUCAAGACUGUGCUGCCUAUUACCGAGCAGCAAGCCCAAGAACCAAGGCAGAUGCCAUCCAGCUCCCUGUGCUCUGCCUCAAUGCAGCUGAUGACCCCUUCUCCCCGGUCCACACCCUUCCCCUACAGGCUGCCCAACAUUCUCCCCACGUUGCACUGCUCGUCACAGCUCGGGGUGGCCACAUCGGCUUCCCGGAAGGACUGCUUCCCUGGCAGCACUGCUACGUGAGCCGCCUCAUGCAUCCGUAUGCCAAAGCCAUCUUCCAGCACCCAGCAGAGCUGCUCAGCCUCAGGGCACCCACUCCUCCUGAGGGAGGCAAAAGCUGA